CAGGAAUCAAAAUGAGACCAAUCAGUCAACAAGCUUUGUGUAAAUGCACUGCUGGACCAAGUGCACUUUAGAUAAACAACAAGACGAUUAUCAAAUUGUACGAAAAUUAGGAAGAGGAAAAUAUAGUGAAGUUUUUGAAGCAAUCAAUAUAACAAAUAAUGAGAAAUGUGUAAUUAAAAUAUUAAAGCCUGUUAAAAAGAAGAAAAUUAAAAGAGAAAUAAAAAUUUUAGAGAAUCUACGUGGUGGAACAAACAUCAUCAGCUUGUUGGCAAUUGUGAAAGAUCCAGUAUCCAGAACACCAGCUUUAAUAUUCGAGUAUGUCAACAACACUGAUUUCAAGCAAUUGUAUCAAACCCUUACAGAUUAUGAUAUCCGUUAUUAUAUGUUUGAAUUACUAAAGGCCCUGGAUUACUGUCAUAGUAAUGGUAUUAUGCACAGAGAUGUAAAACCUCACAACGUAAUGAUAGACCAUGAAAACAGGAAGUUACGGCUGAUAGACUGGGGGUUGGCUGAAUUCUAUCAUCCUGGUCAGGAGUAUAAUGUCAGAGUAGCAUCUAGAUACUUCAAAGGCCCAGAAUUGCUCGUCGAUUAUCAGCUGUAUGAUUAUUCCCUAGAUAUGUGGAGUCUGGGUUGUAUGUUAGCUAGCAUGAUUUUCAGGAAAGAACCUUUCUUUCACGGCCAUGAUAACUAUGAUCAGUUAGUACGUAUUGCUAAGGUAUUAGGAACGGAUGAAUUAUAUGAUUACAUAGAUAAAUACCAGAUAGAACUUGAUCCAAGAUUUAAUGAUAUUUUAGGAAGGCACUCAAGAAAACGCUGGGAGCGUUUUGUACACAGUGAAAAUCAACAUUUAGUUAGUCCAGAGGCAUUGGAUUUCUUGGAUAAGCUUUUACGUUAUGACCAUCAAGAAAGGCUGACAGCCAGGGAAUCAAAACAUCCAUACUUUUAUCCAAUUGUUAAAGAACAACAGGGUCGAAUGGCUUCAAGUCUGACUGGCAAUUCACCAACCCCUGUAACAGGAACAGUCAAUUCAGGAAUACCAGGUGCAAAUAACAGUUUAGCUCCAAACUCGGUUAGUGGUGUCGUGUCUGCAUCGCCCAUCAUGUCAUCACCAGCUCCGCAACCUGUAUCUCCUGUACCAACCUCUGUACCUACAGCAGCAGUUGCUCCAUGAAUACAGGGAGCAUGGACAUAGAAAAAAAAAAGUAACUUAUUUGUGGUGCUGAGACAUGUACAAUAUAAUACUUUGGGUAUACACAGGAAAAAAAAGAUGCAUGUAGACUGAAAAAUAACAACAUGUGUAUGUAGAAGUGAAACUGGGUUGUCAAUAUGCAUUAUUGAUUUGCAUAACAUUUCUCAGUACAGUUUUCUUAAUAUUUUCACUAUUCCGACACUGCCAAAGUUCGGCAGUUUACACCAUUGUUUUUUUUUUGAGUUUUAAGAAGAGGGGAAAAAUUUUAUGAAAGCUUUUAUAUAACCCAAAGUUCAUUUCAUUUGUGUUUUACUUCUACAUUCUGUGUUGUGGAGAUACUUUGAAUGCGUAUUCAAAUUUGAUGACACAAUAUAAUGUACAAAUGUAUUCUAUUCAACUAGCUAUUCACUCUUACUGCUAUCCUUUGUCGACACCAUUUUUGUAAUUCAAUAUUUUUUUUCAUCGUCAUAUGUGUUGCACAAUACCAUGAUGUGAAUUGUAGCUGGUGUGUGCUAACUUUGGUACAGUGACAAACCCACAUGUAUACCCCUUCAAAUUUUAUGUGAAUAAUAAUUUUUGCAUUGAUUUUGUCAUUGAUAGUUAGGUUACUCAUUUAAUUUUUUGUAAAAACAUUGAAUGCUUUCUUUCAAAUUGUUUUAUUUCAGGCCCUCCUCCAACAGACUUGUGUAUGCUUUAUAUUGACUGGUCCAAAUAGCUUUUUUUUUUUAAGUAUUUGUACACCCCACAUUUGCAUUUAAUUAUGCAGAACUGGCAUGUAAUAUUUUUGAUUAUUAUUGAUACUGGUUUGUUUUAUCAGUCACAGACGACUGGAUGAUUAUUCUAUGUGUGGAGCUUUUUCACUAUCUCAGGCAGUUUUGCUUGACAUCGUUUUACUUGGAUGUUUAAGGAAGACUGGGAACUGUAUUAAUAAUGUACUGUAGAAUAGUCUAUUGAACUAAAAUAUUCUCCUCACUCAAAAAGUCAGGCCAUUGUGCUGUUCUGAAUGCAUUCCCCCCACCCCAUUUUUUGCUCCACCCCUAAGCCAACUAACAUUUAAGAUGAAAACUUAAUUUUGCCAAUGACAAUUCAUGUUUUUUAAACAGUUUUGUAAUUUUGUCUGACUGUACUUCAGCUUAACCUGUUUAGUAAUAUUAAAUGCCAACAUGAUUAUUUUUUUUCAUUAUGUAUUUUUGAUGUGCAAUCAAUAAACAGAUAUGUUGGCAUGAUACAAGUAUUCAAAUCUGCUAACCCACUUUUUCUGGCUUUGUUUGAAAAAAAAAAACUACCAGUUAAUGCAUGAAAUGUGCAUUGUGUUUGCCAGAACUAUGGGCUAGUGGAGAAUGCGUUAACUGAAAUGCUAGUUAUUUAAUCCAUGGGUGGCUUUGUUCAAUUUGCAAGUCUGUUGAUAAAAAUAGCAAAAGUGAAAUAAAACCUGCAUAUUAA